UUCCCAGGAGUCCAAGGAGGCCAUCCUGGGCUGCGUCCUGUGCAUUCUCAACAUGCCCAAGAAGGUGGACAACUAACUUCAGGAGGAACGAGCACAGUUAGGACUUGAUUUAGAAGUGCUGAAUGAACCAUGUCGGAGAGCAUCGUGAGGAAAAUCCAGCCGUUCACCAUCGGGACCAGACUCUCGACGCCAGCCGUGCCAAAGUGCUCAGACUGUCCCGAUGGUUUUCUUCCAAACCGGACGUUUUCGGAUAACUGUACACUAAGGCAUCUGAACGAACAGGUGUCUCUUUAUCUCGGCCACGACAGACACUGCGCACCCGUGGUGAAGCAUCGUCGCGAAGAGAUGUCCGACGACCGGCUGAACCGAAACACAAUCUCCUCCUCGAACACUGCGUCCAGAUCCAUCCGUAAGAUCACCAUCUCCAGCCGAAUGGAGGCCGCGAAAGACAGACUGACUCCAGGGAUGGAGCUGAAGAAAAUAAGAGCAAAUUCGGAGAAUAUUAAUAACAAUAACAACAUCAUAACCUCCAACACACAGCUGCCUAAAAUAGUGGGUGUCAGCUGUGAGAAUGAACCCAGCUCACAGUUUAAGAUCCAGAUACUCAAAACCCAAGCGAGAAAGGAUGUUGUGGACAGUCUCUCCUGCGAGCACAAAAACUUGUGCUUGUCUUCAAAAGCCUCAUCGGUGCAAAGUGACCAGAGUUUUACUCUUCAAAACGCCAUCUUCAACAAGGAGAUCACUCAGGCUGAGAUGUGGAUCAGAGCGAAGCUGCGAGACCUGAAGGACACCAGUAACGUCCACAGAUGUCCUCUGAGCGACUGGGAGGAACUUUCUCAAACCCUCCAGAGAGAUUUGAAGGACUUUGAGAACACUGUCAUUCAACUCAACCAGAUGGGAGAGCAAUUAAUGUGCAAGCUUAACCCGACAUCUGACCUGGUGAAGAAACAGCUGGCUCAGAUCCUCGACCAAUGGAACGCGCUCAAACAGACGGCAGCCAAUCAAAUCAAGGCAGUGGGCGGGGCUAAGGCUCUCCAGGAGUUUAAUAAGAAGGUGGACCGUCUGGAGGCGUGGAUCAAAGAGAAGCAGGAGCAGGAACAAUCGCUGGCCAACAUCCUUGGGGAAAACACUGACAAGAUGCAGCUUACCAGGAAGAUACUGGAUUUGAAACAGGAUGAGCAGCUGUAUAAUAAUCUUCAUGAGGAGAUCAAUCACAUGGCCCUCAGACUGGAAAAACAGGGAAAGACCGAAGGAAAGACCAUCUCAACCCGCAGGAAACACAUCAACAAAAUAUGGCUGAAGGCCCAGUCGCACUUGAAAGAAUAUCAGGAGAAUCUCCAGCUCGCCCUCGAAGUCUCGUCCUUCUACCUCCAGGCCGAUACCAUCGUCUGCACCAUCAACAACAUGAGAAAAAGCAUCUCUGCAAGCAGCGGAGUGGGAAUCGCCAGAGAUGAGGAAAUUCGGGACGUUGCCAGUCAAAUCAUGAUGCUGGAUGUGAGUGUUUCUCAGCUCUCCAAACUGCCGUCGGCGCUGGCGGACCGCGUCGCACAGAAGCAGAGCGAGGUGAAAGACUGCUGGACCGUUCUCCAGAAGACUCUCAGGAACGAAAAGGCAGCUCAGCUCCCCUCCAACCCCUUGUUAACCAGAGAUGGCAUUGACCCUGAAACCCAGAGCAGCGUGGGAACAGACCCUCACAGAAUUAUGGGAAAGGAGGUUAAAGAGGAACAAAAUCGUCUGAAGGGGUUUACGGCCGGGAGAGACGCCGAGCACUAUGGGAAGCCCUCAGACAGCCGGGAUGCAGGAGAGAUCGCACCGCGUGCCUGUGCCAGCGAUGUCACCCUCAAACUCCACACUGAAAGUGGGAACGCACUGAGGCCCGAGUCCAGCAGCCACACACAACUCCAGAAGUUCACCGUUUCUGCAGACAAGACUCUCUCCUGGCUCAAAGACAGCGUUGCGAAGGCCACUCAGAUCUGCAGUUUGGCCGGGCCGAAUGGUUUCGAAGCAGCCAAGAGGCGUCAGGCCUCACUGGAACAGGAUAUCCUGUCCAACAGAGCCAGGAUAGAGCUGCUCAAGAAGGAGGGUUACAGUCUGGUGAGGGCUCAGCAUCCGGGAAGCAUCAGGAUCCAGGAGUUUCUGAGUCAGCUGGAGGUUCUGUGGGACGAGCUGAAGAGAAGACAUGAGAGGAACGCACUGGUCCUGAAGCUCUCAGACGAGCUCAGCUACAGGGUGGUGUGGAUGCUGCAGUCUCUGGCCAGUCUGGAGGCGUGGUUAGAAGAGGUGGAGCUGUCCAUCAAACAGCCGUCUCUGUCUGGAGACCCCGAGUCUGUGAGCGUGGCGGAGCUAGAGAGCUGCCAGCUGGAGCAGGAGCUGGAGGACAGACGUCUGGAGCUGCAGACACUCAGACAGGAAGUAGAUCAUCUGAGCGGUCAAAGACAUCUUCACACUCAGCUGCUUCGUGCACGGCUGAAGGACGUGGAGAAGAAGUUCAGCAGUGUGCAGAUGGCACUGACCCAGCAGAGCUCAGAGCUGAAGGACACACGGAUGCUCACAGACUUCCUGGAGAAGCUGGAGCUCGAGGAAAGUCACUACAGCACCCUGGGACAGCCGCUGUGCAGUGAGCUUGACUCUGGACCGUCUCUUUUGGGCUUGCCGGUGAAAGGACAUGAUGAGCCCCUGAUGGAAGCCAUUGGGAACCCUGUGAAGGAGCUCAGAGAAGCCGUUGAGAUGCUUAAUGACACGAUGCGGGAGCGGGGCAGCUCGCAGUCACAUGACCAGAGCAUCCAGGAGCUGCUCGCCAGGCAUGCCAUAGUGUCGGCGCGCAUGGAGCAGUGUCUGCAGCGCUGUGCCGAACUCGCCGUAGAUGUGCUGGAGAUGGAGAGUGAGAUGGCAGUGAGAUGUGAGCCGGAUCGCUGCGGUCUCGAUGACCUGCAGGAGUACCAGGACCAGCUGGAGGCUGAAUUCGGGGUCUUGAAGGAGGAGGUCGAGGCCUUGGUGAGUCUGGCGAGGCGUUUGUCAGACGUGUGUCCGGAGAGGAUGACCGCUGUAGGGAAUGAGAUUCAGACCAGCCUGAACGUCUGGGACGAGCUCGGCACAAGUGUGACUGAAAACAAGAAGAGACUCCUGCAGUUCAGACAUCUGCGGUAUUUCUUAAGGAACUAUCUGGCAAUGAUCUCUUGGACGGAAGACACCCGCUCCUGUAUUUUCUCCGAAAGUGCUCUGCGUCAAAGCCGAGAGAACCAGGAGCCUCUGGUUGAGGUUCUGGAUCGGCAGAUAGAGCAGAAGUUCGAGGAGUUUGAUCAGCUCGCUGUGGCUGGACAAAAACUGUUUGACGAUGAGCAUCACCUCAACAAGAUGAUCAUAGAGAGGAUGGAGGAGCUGAGGUGCAUGCUGGGAUGGAUCCUGGUCCACUGGAGGGCUCAGAAGGAUCAGCUGUUGAGCAGACAGAAAGCUGAAGAAGCUCAGACAGACGCUAUUUACUCUGAGACCAUGGUCUGCAGCCCGCAAACACAGGUGGAAACCUCACCCGAGGCUUCUCAGAAGAAAACCGAAAGCCUCACAAGUGCUCCCCCUGGUGACAUGGAGGACCGUUUGCAGCACGAUUAUGGAUACGAGGUGAUGAAGGGUGUCAGUCCUAAGGGAAGCGAUGAUAGUGGUCAUUUAGAGAGGCCAGACUCGCCGUACCUGGUGUUAAAGGAACCCAGUCCUUCAGCUUUAGGAGGCACUGUCAACCUCAUCCUCAGCUUCAGUAACUCUGGAGACACACAAAUCCAGGUGCAAGAGCCUGGGAGGGAAGGUGGCGUGCCGGUGCUUGAACCUGUGCACAGGGUAAGUACCUACAUGCAUGUUACAGAAAACAACACAGCAGUGUAUGAGAGUAUGACGCCUCCCCAAGACAAAUCCCAGAGGCCCUCUUCCUCCUCACCCAGGACGUCCCUGUAUGCUUCCUCCUCCCCUUGCACCUCUCCGUACUCCUCGUCCUCCAUCGAAGACACCAUUCAGCAGACCAACAACCUCCUGGAAACGAACAGCAAUAUCUCAAUCUUUAGCAGCCUAAAUAGGACAGACUCUUAUCACCAGGACCCUCAGGUUGAUCGUCCGACAGCUCUGAGCACCUUUAAAACAUCACGCUCACCUCCAACACAAAAAGUAGAGUUCAAACAAAUUCCCACAGAUGAAGUAACCCUCAAGAUUGAUUGUAAAGACUCCAAAAAGAUCAGCUUUGACACUGUAUCAUUUACUGAAGAUGAAUUUCCUUCUCCACCUUCUCCAGUUGUUGAAGACAUCCCACUUGAGGAGAAUCGUCCCUCAUUACUCAGUGAUCUGACCAAUAUCCAACAGAAACACCUGUCUGGGAUCAGUAUUGUGACCAAAGAAGGGUUAGUUAGUUGGGAGGCUAAUGAAAUUCAACUUGACAGCAAAGAGAACUAUGUAAGCCCACCAGAAGAUGCUAGCCAAGAGAUAGCCAACCCCAACUCAACUAUGGCAGAGAUUCAUGUAUGUCCCAGUGUCCAUACAAUGGUUCACAAUCUUAAUGGACACAUGUACCAUAGGCCAGGGAAAUCCUCCAGCACUCCCAGCCAUGCAUCUCAUGUGGUGUUGAACUUCAGAGCUAAUGGAAGAGAGGACUCGGUGGACUCUGGUCACUCCAGCUCUGGAAGCUUCCAGUUAUGUGCUGAGGGUCCAUACGUGGACUCCUCAGAUUGUCCAGUGCCUCAGAGGACCAUUGGGAAGGUACCACCCCAGGAUGCAGGAGUCUCCAACAAGAAGUUAUCCAAGGACAAGAGCAUUACCUCAUCCAUCGAUGUUGAUGAUCCAGUUCAUCCUGACCAUCAACAGUUUGAGCAGGAAGAAGAGGAGCUGGAGGACAUCUGGAACCACACGAACAGCUACCGAGAGAGUCUAAACUCUGACAUCAUUUAUAAUGGUUACCAGGCCACCUCUUCGUCAGACCAGCUCAGGGAACCCUCACCCAAAGAACAAGCAGUGUUUUUCAGGAAGUUGGUCAUGUCCUCCGCACCCAACCUUCUUGUGGCAGAGUUCAGACUGCCACCAUCCAUCCAGACUAUGGUGGGUUCUGGGAAGCAGCAGAACCCAAGGGAAGAGGACCCAAGGCAAAUUCUGGAUGAAGGGGACAGGAGGUCUUGGGCUGCGUUCACACAUCAGGAAAAUGUUUACAAACAUGUUGCUAAUAUUGAAACUGCUUCAGAUAUUGUGAAAAUACCUGAAAUAGAGGACCAACAAAAGUAUAUCUACCAUUAUAAAGAGGAGGAGGAGGAGGAGGAUGAGAAGGAAACAGAGUUUCUGAAGGACCAGUCCAUGAGCCUCCUGUCUGUUCAUAUGGGAUUGGAUGGGACCAUUGACAAUGAUAUCCAGAGUGGAAGACAAGAACCGGAACUGGUGUCUAUGGAGGGUACACUGGAAAGGAAACACAAACUACUACUGGGUGGAAAGAAGGCACCAUGCAGGGCAUGGGACUCCUAUCAUGCUGUGCUUUACAAACAAACAAUAUGUUUCUAUCAGGACAAGAAAGAUACACUCAAGAGCUGUGUGACCAGCCCUCCUCUGAACCUAAUUGGAGCAGUGUGUGAACCGUCGCCAGAGUACACCAAAAAACCCAACUGCUUUUGCUUGAGAUUGCGUGAUGGAUCUAAGUAUCUCCUCAGUGCCUCGUCCCGAUUUAUGAUGAAGAAGUGGAUCCUCAGAAUCCAAGAACACAUUGCGUCUAGCGAUUCUGUAGUGAACAGAUCAACAUGUCAUGGGUCUUCAGCUUCAGCGACGCUCCCUAGACAUUCUCCUGCUAUCACCGGCUGUCAGUGUGGAGAUAAAUGUCACUGCCCCAUGAGAAAUGAUGUCACCGCCACCGUUUUAACACAGAGUCAGCUCGCCUCAGGCCGAAGCAAAGAGAUGAUGGUCCGCACCAAUGACGGACUGCUGAUCCAUCACAGGCAUCAGGAUCUGUUGCUCCCCUCGUUCUCAGAUGCAGGUCAUUGUGAGCAUGAGUUUGACUCUAACGGCGAAUCUCGGAGACAGAAACUGUCCUCUACGUCCAGCGUUCAGGGCUGGACCCACGAAAAGAGACGCUCACACUCCUUUACCUCAGCCAGAUAUCAGAGGAUCAAGCCUGUAGCGCCCCCUUCAGGCAAAGGCCAGGACAGCAGCUCCAGCUACUCUGUGACUUUAUUCAUCAGAGAUGGAGAGAUGCCAUCAGUCUGUAAAAGCACAGUGACGGCUCCAACAAAUGGCAUCUGGCAGCAGUCCGUCUCCAAUCUGCCCGUUACGAACUACAUGAGCCUCCCGCGACCUCCCAACAAAUCAGUCUUCAGGAAGUUCUUUGGGAAAAAGGAGUGAAGGACACUUUGUGACUCUGACUGACAUGUGCAGGACACAAGUUCAAAACAUUUUAUGUUUUACAUUUAUUUAUGGAUAUGAUGGCAAGAACCAUUUUUGUGUACUUUUAAAUAAUAUCUUGUAUGAUUGUGAUGCUGCAUGGUGUUUAAAAUUCACUCUUUCGACUUUAUCCUCACUUUAUCAGCUGUUUUCACAUCGGCCUCAAAUGGAUGGUUUAGUUUUAAUUUACUCACCCUUAUGUUGUUCCAAACCCUGGAGCCCUUUGGGGUAUAUUUGUAGCAAUAGCCAAAAAUACAUUGCAUGGGUCAAAUUUAUAGCUUUUUCUAUUAUGCCAAAAAUCAUUAGGAUAUUAAGUAAAGAUCAUGUUCCAUGAAGAUAUUUAGUAAAUUUACUUCUGUAAAUAUAUCAAAACUUAAUCAUAUACAUGGCUAAGAAUUCAUUUGGACAACUUUAAAGGUGAUUUUCUCAAUAUAUAUAUAUUUUUUUGCACCCUCAGAUUCCAGAUUUUCAAAUAGUUGCAUCUCAGUCAAAAAUUGUCCUCCUAAUAAACCAUACAUCAAACCGAAAGAUGAUUUAUUCAGCUUUAUGUAUAAAUUGCAAUUUCUCAUAUGACUCUUUCUUUGAUGGAACAUGCAUUUAGCAGCACUUUUAUCAAAAACUAAUUACAAAGAGAACAAAAUCAGUUUUACGACAGAGCCAACAAUAUUCACAAUAUGCAGCAAUGCCAUUAGACAAAUAGAUUAGGAAGCGUGCUAGAGAAGAGGAGAAGUGCAGAGAAGGAAAAAGCUGAAAUAGUUAAAGAACAAUGAAGUCUGUAAAGCUCCAAAAGCACACAACAAAAUGUAUCAUAACAAUGAUAAGACUUGUCUGCUAUAUUUUAAGCUUUGUGUGAGAAAGAAGUAUCGGACAAAAGUAAAUGCAUUAUAUCCCAAAUAUAUUAUAUUAGUAUAUUCAAAUAUAUAUUAAAUUGCAUUAUAUAAUAUAUUAUUCUAUUAAAUUCAACUAUAUUAAAAUGCAUUGAAUAAAAAAAAGUUAAAUAAUUAAAAUUUAUUUUUCAUGAAAAUUCACUUGUAUUGUUUUUGCUUUUCAAUGCAAAAAAAAAAGCACAACAAUGUUUAAAAAAAAUGCUCAAACAAAAAUAUUCAUUAUACUUUUUUUUUUUUUUUUGUGAUAUGGCUUGGUGGGCUAAAUCAAAUGUCAUCACGGGCCAAAUUUGGGCAUUUCUGCUCUCUGUAAAUUUUCCCUUGUCUCUUUUUUGCCAUUUUGGAGUUCAACUGACCCAGUCCUCAUUUUUGUUUUUAGUGUAAUUAACUCGUUCAGGUGUAUUUAAUUAAGCUUGCAACUAAAUUCUCUAAUGCAAAGUGGUCCUUAUGAGAAUGAUUUGGUAGAAUAUAAUUCAAAAAGUCAAGAACACAAAAAACAGGAACAUCAUGAGGGUGAGUAAAGACCUAUUCACACUAAAAAUGAUUGCUAUAUUAUGUUAUUUCAAAACGUUUUAGUUAUAGCCAUCAUCAUUGGUGUAAACUUUCAUUUAUGGAUGAACACUUCCUUUAAUCUUGACAUUUUCCCAUGCUGAGUUUUCAUAAUUUGCCAGAUUUCUUCAUGUGUAUAAAUGAGUGCAGCUUGUUGUGGAUGUGAUGAUACUGCCGUAAUGAAUCUACUGAUAUGAGACUUUUGAAAGCUGAUGUGUUCUGUGUUCCCACCACAUUCCUCUCGAGGUGGUCUGACGUGUUUUCAGUUCAUGUAUGUCCUGUUUUUGGCGUGGAUUGCAAUUUCUGCUGAUGAUUAUAUUUGAGUUUCAGUAUGUCCACCCAUUGUUUUGUUUCUCUGAGGUUUUGGCACAUAUUUGUCAGCUAGUCAUGUUAUUCUGCGUCGGCUGGUUUGAGUUCUGUGUGGUCUUACAGGUUUCGUUCAACCAAAAAUGAAAGCUCUGUCAUUAUUUAUUUACUUGAGGGUGAGUAAAUGUUGACAGUAAUUUACAUUUUUGGACAACUGUCUCUUUAACCUGUGUGUUUCCAGACUAAACAUUUGUUUCACUAACUCUGUAUUUAAACUAAUGCAGUGUGUCGAGACAUUUUUUUUUUACUCUGUCGUCAUGUAUGAUGCUUUGAGAUUGGUGACAUGAAUGUUUAUGAUCAUUUUUACACAAUUUAAACAUGUAAUGCAUUAUUUUAGAUUUGUACAGUGGGAAAUAUGUUCGAGAAUGAAAGUAUUUUCUUUAUAAGCAUUGUAAAAAAAAAAAAGAAAGAGUAUUUGCUUUAUGCCAUUUAUUUUAUUUUUUUAAAUAUGUGGUAAAGCAGAAACACAGGUUUCACAGGUUAUCGCAUCAUUUUAUUGAGUGAUACACAUCCAUAAACUACCAUGCAAUUAUGAGUGUCCAAAAUUAUAAAUAAAUAAAUAAAUAAAAUAAAUACUGCAGAGUAAGUAUAGCUGGAAUUUGCACACAGCAUCAUAUUGCAUUUAUACCCAGCAAACACACAACUUUUCCAGUUGGUUACUUUUGGUCUCUGUCUCUAGAUAUGGUUAUUUGUACUUUUUAAAAUUACUUUUAAUAUUUUUUAUGCUUUGUCUAACCUAUAUUGGAUUUGCAACAAGCGUUUGCCAUCAUUUGCAUUUGUUUGCUGUAUCAAAAGCUAUAGCUUCAUAAUGGGACUAUUUUUCCCCCCAUACUUGACUAAAAUAUUAAAUAUUUUAUUCCAUACACAGGGACUAUGUUAGAGACCAGAAUAUUGCAGGGACUUUGGUCGGUAUGCAAACACCUAGUAACUGCAUUUAAAGUUAAUUAAUGUUUAUUUUUAUAGCACUUAUCACGAUACACAUUAUUGCAUAGCAGCUUCACAGAACAUGAUACUUUCUACAUUAUAGUUUGUUUAUCAGUGGUGAUGAGUUCUAGGACAGUAGAAAUCAUGUAUCCAUAUUUUCUAAUAAUAUUACCAAGGGGAAGCAUAUAUAUUUAAAACAGCAGAGGGCCUAAGACAGAUCCUUGUGGCACUCCAUACUUUACUGGCAUUAAAUGAAAUGAUUCCCCGUUUAAAUAAAGUGCUAAUGGUUUGACAGGUAUGAUCUGUAAUAAAGCGUGUCCCUGAACACCCAUAAA